UCGCGUUUCGGCGAGGAUCGGGGAGAGGUUCCCUCGUAUGCUGCUGUGUUCGUGGAGCUUUGAGGAGUAGCAACACUCUUCUUGCUAGCUGCAGAUUCUUCCCCUUGAGGCUCUAAGCCGUCUCGCCCAGUGGCUGCCAUGCCAUAUCAUCAUCGGUUUUUGAGCCACGCCCCCACAUAUGUCCCCCGCCCUUCUUACCCUAAUGGCUUCAACUCUUCUCGCUCGGUUGACUGGGUCCUCUACCAAGUACGAGCCAUUGCCAAGAGCGUGUCACAUCUCAGGACGUGUGGGUAGCAAAGUGGUAGUGCAGGGAGGAUGGACAAAUGACUUCUCAGACAAGAGCAGGCAACAGUUGAGCUCCGUCGUAGAGAUCUUCGACCCCUACUCUGAGUUGUGGGAGCAAAGACAAGUCGAAGGAGACGCUCCGUCGCCUGGAACGUAUGCUGCAGCCAGUGCAUCACUCUGUGGCGACCUUUUCUCGUUUGGAGGGACUGAUGGCAGACAACGCUUGAACACUCUUCACAGACUGGACUCUAAGACGUGGUGCUGGAGUCAAGUGUCUCCUCAGAAUGCAGACGGAGCUCCUAUGCCUAAGACUUUAUGUGCAGUGAUAGCAUUUAGAAACAGUUUGGUAGUGCUUGGUGGAUAUGGAGUACCCAGAGGACCUACAGAACCUCAAUCAUUUAUGCAGAGUACAACAUUCACUGAUGACUUUGGGUGGACUGAUGAGCUUCAUAUCUACAAUCUCUCAGAAGGUGUGUGGAGCUGUCCUGCCACCACUGGAGAGAGACCUCCUCCAUGUAGUAGCCACACCUUCACCGCAGUAGAUGACAGGAGGGCAGUCGUGUUUGGAGGAAAAAAUAGAGAGAAAGGCAAAAUGAAUGAUGUCUACAUCAUUGACCUCUCCACUAUGAAAUGGAGCAAACUCAACAAAUCAGGAGGUGGACCUUGGCCAGAGGAGAGGUCCGGUCAUGCAGCUUGUUGUCUCAACUAUGGCCAGCAGUUCCCUCAACUACUGGUGACUGGGGGAGCGGACAGACGGAGACAGCCACUAGAAGAUGUCUGGAUUCUUGAUAUAGACAGAGGGAAAUGGAGAAAGGAGAGGCCUACUCUGAAGGCUCGCUUUGCUCACUCUCUCACUGCCUUCAGUCUGGCUCCAGGACUGACAGAGGUUGUGGAGUUUGGAGGGACUUCUGAGCAGUGGGCUGGAUCUAAUGAGACUCAACCUAAAAUAGCAGACACAACUCUGCUCCAGUUCAGACUAGUGGAAAGCUCUGGACAGUCCCAAUGGGAGCUACUCUCUGUAGUUGGCAACACGCAACAUGGAUCACAAAAGAGAAUGAUUGAGAAAUUCCGCUACACAGCAGAGAGCUGGCAGCAAUCCACAGGAGAGGGUGAGACGGCGGGAAUGGAGAGAAGACAACUGGAGAGGGAGAGGGACAGAGAAAGGGAGGAGAAGGGUGUUGGAGGAAGAGAGGGAGAGGGUGAGGGUGGAGCUGCAGCGAUGUCGAGCAAGAGCCAACCAGCUGCAGGAGAGGCUGGAGGAGGUUGAGGAGAGGGAACACGAGAAGGUGGUGGUUCAAGAGCAAGCCAUUGCAGCCGAGCAGCGAUGUCCGUCAUGGGAAGUGAAGGAAGACGAGUUGGAGGAAACGGAGGAAACUCUCGGAAUCGGAGGGUGGGCUGUGGUGAAAGUGGCCAAACUCAAAGUUGCAGCAAAAUGUCUGCACAGCCAGUUGAUCUACGACUACCACCGUCAUCUGUUCAGACGAGAAAUGGACGUAGCAGCCAGAGUCAGCCACCCCAACUUGCUGCGUUACCUCGGAGCCAGACUGGAGGGAGGCAUGGCCAUUCUGACAGAGUUCAUGCCAACUAGUCUCAGAGCUCUGGUCAACAGACGUCCACGACAACGUCUUCCUCUGGAACACGUCCUCUCCAUCGCAAUUGACGUGGCCCGUGCCCUCAACUACCUCCACAACAUGAGCCCCGACCCCAUGAUCCACAGGGACCUCAGCAGUGCCAACGUUCUCCUCCAGCCCUCUCCCGACGGAGGCUGGCUCGCCAAAGUCUCUGACUACGGCACCGCCAACUUCCAGAGUCAGCUUCAGACCGAGAAUCCCGGCAGUCCAGUGUACACUGCCCCCGAGUCCCGCAACCCUGCUCUCCAGACACCCAAGAUGGACAUCUACAGUUUCGGUGUGCUCUUGGUGGAGAUGUAUACGUGUGAUUUCCCUGCUCCUGAACGUCGUGCUGAGCUGAUGGAGUCCAUCGACCACCCCAGACUCUUGAACCUCAUCCGACAGUGUCUGAACAUAGACAGAGAUCGACGUCCGACAGCUGCUCAACUGGUGGACCUCCUGCACGCCAUGCAGUGAAGACAGACACAUCUCUGUCACCAUACUCGCGAUAUCUAAAUACAUGCACGCCAUUUGAUAAUACUUGUAUCCCCUUUGCUGUUUUUUACACAGCACAUUGUUUAAUUGUUGUUUCUUUUUCUGGAAAGCGAACGUUAUUAUUUUUUUGUCGUUUUGAUUCCUGACGCAUAUUGCAGCAAACGCCGCCA